AAUGGAUUAGUGGAGGUACAACGAGAGAGAGAGAGAGAGAGAGAGAGAGAGAGAGGAAGCAAGCAGCCAUGGUUAGGGCAUACACGCAGGAGCAUGUAUACAAGCAUCCAUGGGAACGAGUGACUUCUGCAUCAUGGCGGAAAUUCACAGACGCUGAGAACAAGCGCAUCUUAUCCCAUAUCCUCGAUGUCGACACCUUAAAUCGCAAGCUCGAUCCCAUAAACGGCAAACUCUACACCACCCGAGCGAUCACCGUCCACGCCCCUGGACCCUGGUUUAUCCGCCGUAUCAUCGGCCAAGACAUCUGCCACUCCGUCGAAUCAUCCGUUGUCGAUGCUCGUUCUCGUUCCAUGCACCUUACUACCCGUAACAUUAGCCUCCGAAACUUCCUUGAAGUGGAGGAGAAGGUCUGGUACGACCCUCACCCUGAGAAUCCAGAGGGUUGGACCGUAUGCAAGCAAGAGACCAGCAUUCGGAUCAAGCCCUUGUCGGCUCUGGCUUCUAUGGCUGAAAAGGUGGAGCAGAAGUGCGCCGAGAAGUUCCAGCAGAAUAGUGCUAAGAGCAGGGAGGUAAUGGAGAGGAUCUGUAAGUACCUCGAAGCUGAAUCCAGCGGCAUUUCUAUCUGACUCUAUUUUGCUCCUACCCUUAGCGGAGCGUGUUUUAGGGAUCUAUUUCUCUUCGCUAGUAUUUCUUGAUUUUUAGGGUUGAGAUCGAUUUUCCAGAUUGACAACAGGUUGGAAUUUGGAAGGGCUCUUUUGGGAAAAAUCAAAAUAAAGAGAAAGCUUAGAGAUUUGUAAAUUGAUAUUGGAGCUUUCGAUUUCGGAUCCUUCCUUGCAUCUGGUUCAGUUUUUUGCAAUAACAUGUAUUAUGUGGGCUCUGUCAAUGGCAAUUUUGUUUAGAACAAACCCUUUACUGCAUCCUGAAAAUGGAGAUGUUCUCUAUUAGUUGUC